UAAUGUUUUUUUGUCUGACAAAAUCUUAAAUUCAAACGUCGUCGUUCUUGCAAGGAGAAACAAAACGUUAAAAACAACAAAUCCUAGGGAUAGACACCUUCUCCGUCCGUUCGCCACCUUCACCUCCGGCGGCGCUCCUAGUAUCGCUAGCUUAGCCUCUGCCUUCUUUGUUGUUCUGCUGCUGGUGCUUCUUCACUUCUUCCGCCAAUCUGAUUUUGUGCUUCUUAUCUCCCUCUCAUUCGACGGCGACGCCGUCUUCAUUCUCCCCUCCGUCUCUCUCGCUCGGUCUUGUUCUGCUUCCCUUACAGCCCUUCUGGUCUCGUUCUACCGUUGGUCGCCGCUUGCUCCAUUAAGUCUAUUUACUUGUAAAAUCUGUCCAAGAAUGCAAGAACUGUAAGAGGAAGAGGAAGGCCUUGUUACAGUUAGAAUUAGUGGUCCUAGUGGCUCUGGAGUCUGGAGAAUUAAGGUAUUGAUAUAUUCUUGUUGCUUUGGUUUCAUCUUAAUCGUUGACUUCUUUUCUCAAUUUCAUGGUUCCAAUGUUGCUUGUAGAUUUCAAUAACUUGAUGACGAAUCGUAUUUUUCUUUUGGUAAAAUGUUAUAUACAUCUUAUGGAAACAUUUGAGCAAUAUCUAAUCAAUUUACUAUGGAUAGAUAUACACAGCUGUUAUAGUUAGUUCUUAAAAGCAGUUAGACUCUUGAGAUAGCCAUGUAUAGCAUUCAGGGUAAGUUGCUGAAACUACAAACAUUUUUUUUGGCAUCUAGAAAUAAAAGGGAAACACAGUGGAACAACUAAGAUGCAGGAAUUAUCUCCUUCCUAAUGGUCUCUUCCAAUUUUUUUUGGGUGUCUAGAAACUAUAAACAUUGUUUGAUAAGCCUUAAAUGACUCUGAACUUUUAAAGUUAACAAAGGGUAUAAAUACCUCUUACUUUUUACAUUGGUAGUUUCUUACCUUGUAAUGUUUUUGCUUUAUUUGGUUUCUAAGAGAGAAAUUCUUCCUUCAUUUUAAAGGCUUAUCCAUUUGAUUGUAUCAUCACCAAGAAUGCCAAUGACCCAAAAUACAAUUUUGAGGAACUGAUUCUUGGAUAGAAGUUAGUACAUAACAAGUUGUUUCUAACUUUUUGAGGUCAUGGGGUUAUAUUAGCAGAGCAUCACCAAUUCAUAAAGAUUAAAUGAUAUAGAUCCUUGUACCCAGUUUUUAUGGUUCAAAAGUGAAGCCGGGGUAACACCACUGUGGAUGGCGACUCAAAUCCUCAUAUUAAAACGCUUCCCAAUAACCACGAAACCUCUAUCUCUCUCCUUCUCAUAUUCUUCAUCCUCCGAGGAUGUGGUAGAAACCGCCAUAUGCAUCCUCACCCACAACCGGUCCAAAUCCCGUUGGACCACCCUCCACUCCCUUUACCCCAACGGCUUUAGCCCCAUCCAAUUUUCCCGAAUUGCCCUCGGCAUAAAGAACAAACCCCACCUCGCCCUCCAUUUUUUCCAAUGGACCAAAUCCAAAUCACUUUGCAACCACAACCUUCACUCUUACUCCACCAUCAUCCACCUUCUCGCACGUGCCCGCCUCAAAACUCAUGCACAAGAAGCCAUCACUGUUGCCAUUCGGGCCUCCCUAAACCACGAACAUUCUAGUUUAGAUUCGCCACCUUUGAAGCUCUUUGAGCACCUUAUCAAGACCUACCGGCUCUGUGAUUCUGCCCCCUUCGUCUUCGACUUGUUGAUUCGCUCUUGUUUGGAGUCCAAUAAGCUUGAACCUUCGAUUCAGAUCGUUAGAAUGUUAAUGUCCCGCGGGAACAUUCCCAAAGUUUGCACAUUGAACAGUUUGCUUUCUAGGGUUUGCAAGCUUCAAGGUUUUGAUGCUGGCCAUGGGAUUUAUAGGGAGUUUUUUGGGUUGGUUGAGGUAAACGACAAGAUUUUGAAAAGGGGUUUUGGUUUUAGGGUAUCCCCUAAUGCACAUACCUAUAAUGUAUUGAUGCUACGUUGUUAUCAGGAUGGUUUGAUGAGGAAAGUUGAAGAAAUUUGGAAUGAGAUGGGUACAUCGAAUUGUGCACCCAAUGCAUAUAGCUACACUCUAUUGAUGGCUGCUUUUUGUGAUGAAGGAAGAAUGGUGGAUGCUGAGAGGUUGUGGGAAGAAAUGGAGAAUAAAAAAAUGGAACUUGAUGUUGUUUGUUAUAAUACUAUCAUUGGUGGGUUUUGCAAAAUUGGAGAUGUUGGUAGAGCUGAGGAGUUUUUCACAAAGAUGCAAUUGGGUGGUAUUGACAGCACUAAUGCAACUUAUGAGCAUUUUGUUAAGGCAUAUUGCAGUGUUGGGGAUGUUGAUUCAGCUGUUCUUGUAUAUAAUGAUAUGUGUAGGAUGGGAUUUAGGCCUUGUGCAUCGAUCCUUGACAUGAUGGUUGUGUUACUUUGUGAUAAGUGUAGGGUUGAAGAAGCAAUUGAGUUUCUUGGGAAUGCAGUUUGUAGAUAUGAUUUGGUUCCCAAAGAGAAGAGUUAUGAGGUGUUGAUAAAGGGGUUGUGUUCUGAAGGGAAAAUGGAAAAAGCUUUGAAGCUUCAAGCAGAGAUGGUAGGAAUAGGGCAUCAUCAACCAAAUUUAGAGAUAUAUAGUGCUUUUGUUGAUGGGUACACUAGGCAAGGGAAGGAUGAAAUGGCAGAAAGUUUGAGGAAGGAAAUGGUGCAAACACAGAUGCAGAGUUUCAGAAAAUAGUACUUUCUAUUUUUACUUUAUUGUUGAAAUUUAUUUGACAAUUUUUUUUAUAGGUAUUGGUGGUCUUGCAUGUAUCUAAGAUAAAUUGUUAUCACAAUGUUGUUUAGCUAUAGAUGACAUUUUAAUUUUUACAUAGAAAUCAAAGCUUGAGAUUGGAUCGAAGUGUGGUAAUGAUCUUAUUAAUACAAAAAGAUCAUUAAAAUUCUCUCAUGGGUGUUUUUGUCCUCCAAAGCUUUGGAUGCCUUACUCCAUUCCCAUGGGAGUUUUUGCCCUCCACAACUUCGCAACGGGUACAUAUAUGCAAUCAUGGUCUUCUUUUUAUGGUUUCUGUUUUCGCAACCUUUCUUUUUAACCUUAGACUAUUACCAUCUUUGUAAUUCUAAUUUAAUUCCCCUGAAUAAUGUAAGCUUAAUUUUGGUUUUA